ACAAGCCAUGUGGAAAUGCUACGGCUGUGCAAUGUAUAAAAAGGGAAAGGGUCGAUGUUGGUGCGCUGAAUCUCACAAUUAGCUCACAAUUAUCAUGACCAUGGGGAGGAUUAUAUUCUAUGAGGACAGGAACUUUCAGGGUCGCUCCUAUGAGACCAGCAGCGACUGCCCGGAGCUCACCUCCUACCUGAGCAGGUGUAACUCCUGCAGGGUGGAGAGUGGCCUCUUCAUGGUCUACGAGAAACCCAACUUCAUGGGCCUCCAGAUACUGGUGAGGAGGGGUGAGUACCCCGACAACCAGCGACUGAUGGGAAUAAGCACAAGUGACUGCAUCCGAUCUUGCCGCAUGAUCCCCAUGCAACGAGGACCCUUCCGCCUGAGGAUCUACGAGAGGGAGAACUUCGCAGGCCAGAUGCAUGAGCUGGUGGACGACUGCGAGAACAUGAUGGACCGCUUCCGCAUUUCCGAGUGCCAGUCCUGCAACGUCAUGGAGGGCCACUGGCUGAUGUUCGAGCAGCCCAAUUACAGGGGCAGGAUGCUGUACCUGAGGCCAGGAGAGUACAGGAACCUGCGGGAGAUGGGUUUGAGCAGCUCCACGAGGUUCAGCUCCAUCAGGCGCAUCAUGGACGCCUGUUAGCUCUUGAGCCUUGAAUGUAGCCGGUGAAAACCAGAAUAAAGCAAGCUGAAAUCCAGAA